ACCUCUUGACACGAGCGAAACCAGCAUCAUCAGGGUUGAUCCUAUGUCAACCACGGGUUUGAGUACACGCAGGUCGUAUCAACAUUUAGACCAUGGACGUCAGCUUGCACAGGCUUCUCAGCCACAACGGCCACCACUGCAUGCAACGUCGGCAAUUCAUAACCGCACUGUACCAGAUUCCGAUGUUAUUCAGGAAUCUCGCGUCCCAUUUAGUGACGUCUCGAUUAUCGCCAGUUCGGCUAGUCCCGAACAGUUAUCAUCAAAUGGCGUGAUACGCGUCGUCUCCCAACAGCACCUAUCCCUGGAUUUGAGGACAAAGAUAAUCAAUCUUUAUCAUCAGUAGUUGUGGACAACUGACAGUACCGCAACAUAGCCAGACCUUGCGGGACGAUAGGACGAAUGAUAGUUUGGUGGAUAGUGAAAUGCCCUCACCGAACUAUCAUCAAGCUACAGGCUGAGGUCAUACUUUCAACUCCACGAAGCAGACUUAAAACAUUAUUU